AUGGAUAAAGGAAAUGGCACCACAGUGACAGAAUUUAUUCUUGUGGGACUAUCAGAGAUUCCUGAGAUCCAACAAUAUCUCUUUUGCAUUUUUCUUGGCAUCUAUAUAAUCACUGUACUUGGAAAUGCAUCAAUUAUUCUUAUAUAUAAAUUCAGUCCCAGUCUGCACACCCCUAUGUAUUACUUCCUCAGCAACUUUUCCUUUCUUGAAAUCUGUUACGUUUCAGCGAGCUCUCCGAAAAUGCUGCAAAAUAUGCUAGUGGAGAAAAAAACAAUAUCUUUUUACUGCUGUUUUACCCAGAUCUACAGCAUUGUGCACCUCGCUGGCACGGAGUUCUAUGUGCUUGCAGCCAUGGCUUAUGAUCGAUACAACGCCAUUUGCCACCCUCUCUUGUACAGGAUCAUUAUGAAUAACAGGGUUUGUGCCCAGCUUAUCGCUGGCUCUUGGGUUAUUGGUGCCGCAAACUCUCUUGUUCACACACUGCUUACACACACAUUGUCCUUCUGUUCCAAUAAAGUGAAUCAUAUCUUCUGCGAUGUCCCACCUUUGCUGAAACUUGCAUGUACAGACACAUGGAUCAAUCAAAUCGUCAUGUACAUGGUAGGCGGUUCUGUUACUGGCGGUGCAUUUAUAUUGAUAAUCAUUUCAUACACACACAUCCUCUCAACUAUUCUAACAAUUCACUCUGCAUCGGGAAGGAAGAAAGCUUUCUCCACUUGUACUUCUCACUUGACAGUUGUAACAAUAUUUUAUGGCUCAAUUUUUUUCAUUUACUUAAGGCCUAAAUCAAGUUACGCUAUGCACCAUGAUAGAUUGGUUGCCAUCAUGUAUACCAUUGUUGCUCCUCUGCUAAACCCUUUCAUUUAUAGCCUAAGAAACAAUGAUGUCAAAGCUGCUGUGAGAAAAUUACUGAAUAGAAGAAUAUUAACCUGGAAAAUCUGA